CGUCAACCACUUUUUCUUUAUAUAUAUAAUCCAACCAAAAUAAAAUAAAUGGGAAAGUUAUUAAAAGGAAGUGCACUACUUUAUUCAGUAGCAAUAUUUGCAUCGCUGGGGCAGUUCUUGUUCGGUUAUGAUCAGGGUGUUAUGUCUGGAAUUUUAGUCAAUAACCGCUGGCUCGAGUUAUUUGGACAUCCCAAUGCCACUAUGCAAGGUCUUGUCGUCGCAAUUUUUGAAUUGGGUGCUUGGGUCACAACCUAUCCUACGAGUUGGUUUAUGGAUACUAUCGGUCGCCGCUGGACAAUCAUGGUGGGCACUUUGAUUUUUAUUGUCGGAGGUGUUCUUCAAACUGCUUCAUCCACAUUUGUACAAAUCAUGAUGGGUCGUGUCAUUGCUGGUUUUGGAAUUGGUUUCUUAAGUACAGUUUUACCUGUAUACACCGCUGAGUUGAGUCGUGCGCAUAACCGAGGAAGAGUUACUGUUUUAGGCAUGAGUGUGAACAUGUUGGGCUACACUGCUUCCGCUUUCAUUGACUAUGGAUUUUCUUUUGUUGAAUCAGACUGGUCAUUCCGUGGACCUCUCUUAUUACAAGUUGUGUUUGCUCUCAUCUUGGCUAUCGGAACAUUAGCACUUCCCGAGUCCCCUCGUUACUUGGUGUCCAAAAAUAAGGACAAACUUGCACUCAAGACACUUGCAGAUAUGCAUGGCUUAGACGAGGAUCAUCCCGACGUUAGCAAAGAAUAUGAAGAAAUCAAGAAUGCAUUAGACAUUGAAGCAAAACUCGGACAGCCCACUUGGAAGGAAAUGUUUACUAUCUAUCGCAAGAGAUCUUUAAUCGGUAUUGCUGUGCAAGCCUUAGGUCAAUUAGCUGGUAUUAACAUUGUCACUUACUAUGCCCCCAAAAUGUACGAAGCUAUUCUUGGACCAGGAAACGAGACGAUUCUUUUUGCAGGAUACACCGCACUUGUUUAUUUUGGAGGCGCAAUCAUUGCCUCUUUCCUCGUUGAUCGAGUUGGAAGACGUCCCUUGUUUAUGUAUGGUAGUUUCUUCAUGACUAUAUGGCUUGUUCUUAUGGCUGUAUUUAACAAAGUCGAUCUUGGAUACACAUCUACUGUUCUUGUUAUUGCCUUCACAAUGAUUUAUGUCGGUACAUUCGGUAUGACUUGGGCUUGCGUCGAUUGGUUAUACCCUGCGGAAAUUUUUCCCUUCCGUACAAGAGCAAAAGGAAUGUCUCUUGCUGUUUCUUCCAACUGGUUGUGUAACUUUGCAGUCGGUUUGUUCACACCACCUUUACUUGAAUCAAUUGGCUGGGCCACCUAUAUUUUCUAUGCCGCAUGGAAUGUAGUCGCAUUUUUUGUUGUUUGGAAGUGGUUUGUUGAAACAAAAGGUAAAACACUUGAAGAGAUUGAUGCCAUAUUUGCAGAUGGCGCAGCUACUUUGGCUAUCGAAAAGAGUUUUGAAUAUCACGAUAAGCAAAACAAUACCGAAAAAAAUUUAUCCAGCUCUUCCGAAAGUUCUAAUGCUACGGAAAAAGAUAAAGACAUCAAACAAGUAGAGCUUGCCUAAUCACAUGUACAUACAUAUCAUAUAUAUUAUUAAUUUAAAAAUAAAUAAAAAACAAACUUUUUUUCUAUCUAUAGAAUAAAC